AUGACUAGCUCGAGAGCCCCAGAUCUUGGCAACUCGCGACAUAUCAGCGACGGGUUGUUUAUCGACGACAUCAGCCGACGGGAUGCAAGAGACGGACCAGAGAAAGAAAAUAGUGAUACAGGCGAAUUUCUUAGACUGGAGGAAGAACGCCCUUCAGAGAAUGAGUUUCGCACUACAGGCUUGAGGCUGUUUUUAAUCCUGAGUUCCCUACUUGUUUCCGUCUUUUGCCAGGCCCUCGAUGACACCAUCAUCGCGACAGCGAUUCCUCCAAUCACGGACCACUUUCGCCGGCUAAGCCAUGUAGGCUGGUAUGGAUCUGUCUAUCUCCUGACGAAUUGCGCGUUUCAACUCUUCUAUGGCAAGCUAUACAAGAUCUUUCCGCUGCGCUGGGUUUUUAUGAGCGCCCUUUUCAUCUUUGAGCUUGGCUCGUUAGUCGCAGCUAUAGCUCCCAAAAGCGAAACCUUGAUAACCGGUCGCGCCAUUGCAGGUAUAGGUGCGGCUGGAAUAACGAGUGGUGCCAUGACUAUUAUGGCCCACACCGCUCCGGUUCGUUGGCGCCCAACAUUCACCAGUAUGAUUGGUGCGGUAUACGGGGUUUCUAGUGCUGUUGGUCCGCUAUUAGGAGGAGUACUUGCCGAAAAGGCUAGUUGGAGAUGGAUAUUUUACCUAAACCUACCUCUUGGCGGGGCCGCAGCAUUAAUCCUCUCACUUUCGCUUAAACGGUUACCGACCAGUGCGGGUGGGCAAAACUUGUCCGUUUCCAUAAUGGUGAAGCGACUGGAUGUGGUGGGCACUUUUGCCUUUAUUGCUAGCAUAGCAUGUCUUCUUACAGCCUUGCAAUAUGGUGGGACAACGACUCCAUGGUCUUCUGGCCUCGUCAUUGCUCUAUUAACGAUGUUUUCGGUACUAUUGACUACAUUCAUUGUCGCUCAGAUUCUACAAAAGGACGAAAAUGCAACUAUCCCAACACAUAUUGCAAAAAAUAGAAAUAUGGCAUUUGGGGCCCUUUUUGCGAUCUGUCAAGGUGGUGCCUUCAAUAUCUUUAUUUUUUAUCUGCCACUUUACUUCCAGGUUAUAAAGGAUACAAAUCCGAUCAAAUCAGGGGUAAAUUAUUUGCCUCUGAUCUUAGUGAAUACCAUUGGUAUUAUUAUAUCUGGUCUUCUUACUACAAAACUCGGUUAUUACAUGCCUUGGAUUUGGUUUUCGAGUAUGACGAUGCCCAUUGGAGCAGGUCUCUUGACAACAUUAGCUGUUGAUUCAAAUACUAGUCAGUGGGUAGGAUACCAGCUCAUAUUUGCAAUUGGAUCAGGAUUUGGCCUACAGCAACCAUUUGUAACCGCACAGACUUCACUGCCACUUGAGGAAGUUAGUACUGGGAUGGCAAUCAUGUUAUUCUCUCAACUGGGAGGAGGAGCUAUUUUCGUCCCGGUUGCACAAAGCGUUUUUAUAUCGCAGCUUGUGACUAGUGUUGGAAAAGCGGGAAUCCUGGGUUUAGACUCUCAGCAGUUGGUCAGCCUAGGCGCAACUCAGUUCAGGCAAAUUGUUUCCCCAAAGGAUAUCCCGAGAGUGGUGCUAGCCUACAACAGUGGUCUUCAACAGGCAUUCAAUGUUGCACUCAUUUUGGCUUGCAUGUCUAUUAUUGGGCCUCUAGGUAUGAAAUGGGUGUCACUGAAGCCACAAAUCCAAAAGGGAAGUCUGGCUACAGUUGAGCAAGACAAGGUGUAG